CGUGACGCAGGUUUCCGGCGGGCUUCUUAGAGCGCCGAACGGCUUUGGGCCGAAGGACCAUGAGAGGGCCGGAGUUGGGUCCCGAACCUACGAUGGAGGGGGACGUUCUGGAUACCCUGGAGGCGCUGGGGUAUAAGGGACCACUGUUAGAAGAGCAAGCCCUUACCAAGGCAGCAGAGGGUGGACUGUCUUCACCUGAAUUUUCAGAGCUCUGUGUUUGGUUAGGCGCUCAAAUAAAAUCAUUGUGCAACUUGGAAGAAAGUAUCACGUCAGCUGGGAGAGAUGAUAUAGAAAGCUUCCAGCUUGAGAUAAGUGGGUUUUUAAAAGAAAUGGCAUGCCCAUAUUCUGUACUCAUAUCAGGAGAUAUUAAGGACCGUUUAAAAAAGAAGGAUGACUGUUUGAAGCUUUUAUUAUUUUUAAGUACAGAGCUUCAAGCUUUACAGAUACUGCAGAACAAGAAACAUAAAAAUUCUCAGUUAGAUAAAAACAGUGAAAUUUAUCAGGAAGUUCAAGCUAUCUGUGAUACUCUUGGUGUACCCAAGUCAGCAACUUCUGACAUUCCGCUUAUGCUAAACCAAGUGGAAUCAAAGGUGAAAGAUAUACUCUCAAAAGUCCAGAAAAAUCAUGUGGGAAAACCACUGCUGAAAAUUGACUUAAAUCUGCAACAAGCGGAACAACUGGAAAGAAUCAAUGAUGCGCUUUCUUGUGAAUAUGAGUGUCGCCGGAGGAUGCUAAUGAAACGGUUAGAUGUGACUGUGCAGUCCUUUGGUUGGUCUGAUAGAGCAAAGGUAAAAACAGAUGACAUAGCAAGAAUUUACCAGCCUAAGCGUUAUGCUUUAUCACCCAAGACAACGAUUACACUGGCACAUCUGCUUGCUGCUCGUGAAGAUCUGUCCAAGAUCAUUAGAACAAGUAGUGGCUCCAGCCGAGAGAAGACGGCAUGUGCCAUUAAUAAGGUGUUGAUGGGAAGGGUGCCUGACAGAGGAGGACGGCCAAAUGAAAUUGAACCACCACCCCCUGAAAUGCCCCCUUGGCAAAAGAGACAAGAUGGCGGCGGAAGGGGUGGUUGGGGUGGCGGAGGUGGUGGGGGUGGUCGAGGAGGUGGUGGGGGUGGAAGAGGUGGUUGGGGAGGUGGGGGAGGUGGGGGAGGUUGGGGAGGUGGUGGAGGAGGAGGUGGUGGAGGAGGAGGGUGGGGAGGAAGCGGGGGAGGGGGUGGUAGAGGAGGAGGUUUCCAAGGCAGAGGAGAUUAUGGGGGGAGGGGAGAUUAUGGUGGAAGAGGAGGGGGCUAUGGUGGAAGAGGGGGCUAUGGUGGAAGAGGUUAUGGAGAUCCAUAUGGAGGAGGUGGCGGUGGAUAUAGAAGAUAUUAAAAUCUACCAAAAUUAGAUAGCAGUGCUUACUUCUUGGCAGAGACAUUAGCUAUAGUGUUGUAGAUAACAUACUUGAAUGUCAUUUUUGAAGUAAACACCAUGUUAGAUUCCCUAUACCAUUCUUGAAUUGGGUUAAUCUGUAAGAGUAUUGUUUUAUACUACCAUUUGAUCUCUUAGAGUGAUGAUUUUUCCAUAUUCUGUGUACCCCUGAGCAUGUCUUUUUAAAAAACAAAAAAUGAGCAAAAAUUAUUUUUAAAAAUGUAAAUAUUUAUUACCAUCAUACUUGGAAAAUGGAAAGUAUUUUAUUGUCAUGAUUGAAUUUAGAUUGUUACCUGUAUUUUAUUCAGGUUUGAAACAUAAAUUACCCAACUUGUAAUGGAAAGGAAUAUAGACUAUUGCCUCAUCUGUAUUCCUGUGGCUGUGUUUUGUAUUUGAUUAUUAUACUUUAUGAAAUAGGGAACGGGACAGAUCUAAUAGUUGUGUUCAAUAGAUAGCUGUCAUGACUUGUUUGUUCUUUUAUAGGCAGCAAUUCCUCUGACCAGGGUUUCUGUUAAAGGUCCAUUAACUGAAGCUUAAGCCUGCUUUUUGCUAUGCAUAUUUGAUUUAUUUUCCAGGUGGAUUUGAAAUCUGUGAUUUUGUUUAAGAAACAAGUUAAAGACUGAGGUCAGAAUUACUCUAAAGGGAUGAGGACAAGUAAUAAUUUUACAUGGUGGUGUAAAAAAUAUUCUUCAUAUAAACCCGUCUCUUCAUUAUUUGUGCCAUCACCUUAGGUGUUUGAAUAUUAAAAGCAGGCUGAGCUACAUUGUUCAAGAUUAGGGCAGUAAUUGCCAGUGUCAGUCCAUCAGAGGUAGGAUCUUGGCAUCCCUUGGAAAUUCUGAUUCAUAAGCUCAAUUUGGGAAACAGAGUCAGGGAAUGGUUACAUGUAUUUUGGUGGUUGGAGCAGGUUUGGAGAUCAAGAGUUGUGAAUUUGAAUCAUGGCACUAACCCAGGGGGUACUGUGGGCUGAAAUGACCAUAGUUCUCAAGGAUUGAUUUGUCCUCAUUUGUCAAAUGAGGAAUGGUGACACUUGCACUCUUCUCAGAUCGUUUCAUAAAGACUUGAGUACAAGUACCAUUUAUUGAGGGCUUGUUGUGAAGUGGGCCAAGUAACACAUUUUUCUCUUAGUAUAGAGAGUUAGAUAAGAUAGUUACACACACUUUUUCAUUCCCACUGUAAAAUGUGUAUCCCAGUGUGGGCUCUUGGUUGACCUGUGCAUAACAACUUUUUGUGAUCUAGCAAACUCAACAGAUAGAAAUUUGGCAGUUUCAUUGUUGUUGUUUUGUUUUGCUUUAUAAAGUAAACCCUGUAGUGAAAUCUAAAAUUAUGUUAAAACUUUAGAUAUUGUGUAUAUACUACAGUCUUUGCCGUGUAUUUUUCAAGCUAACUCUUUAAAGGAAUUUGUUCAGGAUAGGAAAACAAACUUUAGAUUAUUUGUAAAGUAGAUUUUAAAAAUGUGUUUAUAUUUAAUGAAGAUACUUAAUUUAAUUUGUGAUAGUUGGGAAAAAAGGAUUCUUUUCAAUAGCUAUGAACUCUGAAAAAUAAAUAAUUUUUAAAAGUAUGUAAUCAAAGACUACUGGAGUAUAGUUGCUGAUACAGAAGGGGUUUACAACUGCUUUCAUCACUAAAGGUUUGUGGUAAACAAUGGCAGAAACAUUAAUUUAUCCAUUUUUGUAAGAUUUCCUUGUAACUUCAUAGGAGUGCUGUUGAGUUACCCACUAUACUCACUGUAAAUCUUACCUGAUUUAUCAUUCCUGGAAUCCUUUUGGAGCUGGAACCACUCCUAUUUACAUAUUCCUAUAAACUUCACUCAAAUAAAAAACAGGGUGAUCUAGACCCUAAUAUCUUAUUCUUCCCUGGAAGGUAGGAUUUUCAUGAUAUUCUUUUUUAAGAAGAAUUUGUUUUGUAGAAGAGUGUGCUGAGCAGUAUUAGACUAGCAGUAGGCAGUUUGGGGCUUUGAUAUCAACAGCCAUAAUGUGAAAAUGUUUUAUAAAUUGACUGCAGUACAAAUGCAGAGUAUGAUGAAUGGUACUUUACAGUUUCCUACAAUCUAAAUCUUUUUAUGGGCCUCCUCUUCAUUCCUUUUUGCCUAGAUCUCAGUUUCAUUUUUCCCCUAUUACCUCAUUCAUCCCCCCCUCCCCUUUUUUCCUCCCUGCCUUAGUCUAGCCUUUGGUAUCUUAAUAGCACCUACAGACAUGACUUAACUGAGAAAUUCUGGAUUAAAGUAACUAACCUCUUACCUGGACCUUAUAAAGAAUAUGUGUCCCCAUCCAUUUUACACAUAGCUCUCAGUAGAAGAAGGGACCAGGUGUUUUCUUUGAACCUAUGGCCUUGUGUUCUGUAGAUCAGGGAAACCUUGGUUCACUAAAGAGAAAAAAACCUUUCAAACAAGAAUGCUUAGUUACCUAUAUUUAUGUCAAGAGAAGGUAUGAUGACCCAAAAAAGAUUUGUGACCAGGGAAUCUUCUGAGCAAUGAGAUUAUACCUUAUAAGGAGCACAGGAUAGAUUAAUUUGGGAUGGAAUCUGGAGAUGGAAGAAAGGAGGCAGUUUACUCUCUCCUUCAGUGUCAGGUUGUCAGUGUGACUUAAUUUGUAUGAAGUGUUAGGAAUUGCCAAAAU